CUCCGUUGUGGCUGCGUGUUGACGAGCGGGAGGGAGGACUGGCUGCGGCGGCCGCGGCGAAGACGGUCAAUAUCUGCCAGAGUUCCACACUGUGUUCACCAUGAGUGAUACCGAGCUUCCGUCAGGCUGGGAGAAGCGUGUCAGCCGCUCCACAGGUAUGACUUACUACUUGAAUAUCUACACCAAGGAGAGCCAGUGGGAUGUUCCAACAGAACCAGCCAAACCAGCAGCAGGUAGUGGCAGUGGUGGGCCAGACAGAGUACAGUGUUCUCACCUACUGGUGAAACAUGCUGGUUCUCGUAGACCAUCAUCAUGGCGUCAGGAAAAAAUUACUAUUUCAAAGGAAGAAGCUAUUGAGACUCUGACCGAAUACCGUGCAGAAAUCACAUCUGGACAGUCCUCAUUUGCUGAAUUAGCUAGUAGGGUGUCUGACUGUAGCUCGGCCAAGCGUGGAGGAGAUCUUGGAUUGUUUGGUCGUGGAGCAAUGCAAAAGCCAUUUGAAGAUGCUGCAUUUGCCUUGAAGGUUGGCGAAUUGAGCAAGAUAGUGGACACCGAUUCAGGAGUCCAUAUCAUUUUGCGUACAGCAUAAACUUGUAACUUCCAAUAACUUCUCUCAUCACAAACACAAGGAAUGUUACAAAACUUUUGUGCUAGAAAAUUUGUCAAUGAUUUGCUCUAAUACCAUAAAGGUAAUUUUAAAUUCUUCCAGGUAUAAGUCGUUUCUAUCAUCAAAGUAAUGAUAUUCACGAACCCAUCAUCCUAAACAUUACAUAUGUUAUGUAUAAAUAAAGGUUUACCGAAA